AUGCCCGCUGAAGACCUGGCGCCAGGGCGGUCCCCUCUAGCUUCUUUCUCCCCGGACCCCCUAGAUAAGGCCUCCUUCUCGCCUUCCAGCGAUACGCGGUUGCGCUCAUAUACCCUUGACAGUUUAAACAUAAGCUCUAUAGAGAACUCCAAGGGCUAUCAAAGGGCAGAGAAUAUCCGUCCUUCCAACCUGCCCGAGCAGAACGUGGAGGCAGCAUCAUGGACCUUCACGGAAAUCCUUCAAAACUUAUCUGUCCGUGAAAAGGAUGAUGUUUACUUGGUGAUCACCAAGUGCAACCAGCUAGUUGAGCUCCUACAAGAAACACCUUCAUUGAAACACGACAUGGCCAUUGAUAUGGUCGUCAACAGAAUCCAAUUCAUGUUCUAUCAUCCAGCGCCCCAACUACGAUGUGCCGCUUAUAGGGUCCUACGCUACUCGGUCGCUACCCUGGAUUCCAUUUUGUUCAUGGUGCAGCUGAAGAUUCUCAUUUCCAUCAUUGUAUCCCUUUCCGUUCCUUGUCCAUUAUUAGAGAAACAAGAAGCUCUUAAGCUUGUUCGUGAAUUCCUCAAUGUCCCCGAUGGUGCUGCUUUCAUUUCCGUCGGUGUGAUUAAAGCAUUGGUAUCCAUUAUUGAACACGAAACUGACGAGACCGGCAACCCCAAUGCUCCUCCCACGGCUCCACAGAAUGACCAAUUUGCUAUUCCCUCGUCAUUCACUAAACUUUGCAUCGAAACAAUAUGUGAAAUUGCUGUUCUCAAGCCACAUAUUGUAUUUCACGGCGGUGGCUUCCGCCUAAUGAUAACGCUUAUCAUCAACGGCUCCUCCGAUAUCGCCACUUCAUGUCUUCUUGUUUUAAUGUCGAUCCUUGAUAAACCCGAAGCAAGACUCUUUCUACGGAAUGGUCUCGAUCUCACCUCGCUCACAUCCGUUUAUUCCUUAGUGGAUGACGAUGAUCAUAGUAAGCUGUCCAACACGCGAAAGUUUCACAACAGAGCCCUAAAAGUCACAUUCCUUAUUUCUGUGUUUCUUAAAUGUUGGACUGGUAUUAUCUGCUUUUCCCACAAUGACUUUGAGGCUCUCCGCAUUAUUGUUUCGAAGCUCAAGGGUAAUAGCAACAAGGUUCGCAAUAUCAUCAUGGACCUUUUGCUUGAUAUUCUUCGCAUACAAGCACUCCCUUGGCUCGAGGACUCCUCGAUUUAUGACUUGAUUACCAGCUUGAAUGUCUUUUUGAGCCCUGGCGGCCAACUGACAGACACAGUCGACAAUAAAUAUAUCGAGCUUCCUCCCAAUAGUUUUGAGAGGACAGUCAUAUCUCAUUACCAAGGUUUGAUUCUUAAAGUGCUACUAUCCUCAGGUAUGGUACCUUUAAUCUUUGAUAUCAUUGAUAAGAAUACCGAUGAGGAAGUUACCUCGAAAGCAACAUUUCUUCUCACGAACGUGUUCAAGCUUUCAAUGGAAUUACUUCCGAAACAACUUUUCCAAGAUCACCUUUCAAAUGCCUACAAAAAGUCGCUUUCAUUAACAUCAAUCUACAAAAUCGAAACUGCAGCAAAACUUCAAAUGAAAACACACAUGGGAGAACGCAAAAGAAGUGAGGUUAAAUCUCAUGUAAAAGAUAUGAUAAUCGAAAAUCGUAUGAAGAUGGAUGAUGCGAAUCUAAAAACUUUGAUUUCCAGGACAAAAUUGCUUACUCUGAAAGACUACGAGGAUUGGGAUUGGGCACAGAUUUCACACCUAUGCCAAGGCCCGCUUCGAGACCAGAAAAGAUUUUUUGAUAUCCAAGAGAAAUAUCCUAAGGUUCUUAAGUAUCUCAUGUCCUUCUACAGACCCUUUAAGUAUCGCUUUAGCCGAGCCCCACUUCGUCCUGACGAGCGCUUCAAACUUAAGCAUCCGAAGCGAGUCAUCCUCGUCGGCUGCCAGCUUAUCGAGGCAUUGCUUAAUCACGAAGCCGGUUUCGACUAUUUGGCAUCCAACAAGCUCAUGCCACAAAUGGCAGAGAUAUUCGCACAGGUGAGCCCCUGUAGUGGUAUCACGGCUGAAGACCCUAUUCUUUCAACUCGAAAAUUAGAGACUACCUUAAGUAUAGGAUACGUGAAGUUUGUUGGAGUUCUUUCAUCUAGCAAUAAGGGUCUUGUAAUUCUUGAGGAAUGGCAGUUCUACCAGCUUAUUGGUGAUAUAAUUGAUGGGAAUGUGGAGCUGAGCUCGAACGUGCAUCUUUUGUUCAACUUGUUGAAUAAUCUCAAUUUUGUGCUGGAUAGCCCGUUAAGAAUACUUUUAUCUAAGGUCUUGACGGUGUCACGAGAAGAAACCAAGCUUUUUACACUUGAGAAUGUCAUACCCAAGCUUCUUAAGACAGAGGGGUGCUAUGAUUAUGUUAUCAGAACUCUAUCCAAUCUAUUGUAUGAUGAGAGUAAGGCCGUGGUUGCGCUUACUAUCACAUACCUCCAUGAGUAUUUCGUGAUUAAAGGUAAUAUAUCUCGAAUCAAUCUAUUGAUUGAUAUGAGACCAUCCACGUUGGUUUUAUCGAAGCAUACUAAGGGUAAAGAGUUACUUUUAACCUUUUGCACUACUACAAAAGGCUUUCGCUUGUUGCACGAAAAUGGUUUGAUUCAACGCAAUCUUACUGCAACCAUACGCGGAUUACAAACUUUGGACUAUUUGAAUAAUAUCGAAGGGACACUCAAAAAGUACAUGUAUCCGUUUUCAAGCGUGCUACAAAGUGUUCGCAAUAAGCUGGAUGAGGAUUGCCAUCAUUUCUUCUACUACCUUCUCAGCACCGAGGAUGGGUUCAUUUUCUUCAACUCCCAAAGAACGGUACUCGAUGACAUUAUCAACAAGACUUUUGCCAUUGUCCAAAAAUUGCAUUUGAUCGAAACAAAGACAGAGGCCGUCGCGCCGCCUGAUUUCCUUUAUUCUAGGACCAGACCACCUCCAGUUGAAUCAACAAGCAGUAAAACAAACAGCAUUGAGAGUGAUGAAACAGAUGAUCUGUACAAAUUCGAGUCGCCUACAAAAUUGAAUGCUAGAGGCGACCUCUCUUUUUCAUACACAAAGGAGUCUUUGCCUGAAAGCACAGGUUUGUCCAUCAAAACAGCGGAAGAUGAAGAAGAGUAUAUGCUCAUGAGACUCAAGCAAUACUUAUGGAUUAUCGGCGAGAUUGCUUCCUCGAAGUAUGGUAUCCAGAUUCUUGAUCCGCUCUAUAACCCUAGUAUGAGGAACGAUCACGUCAUCGAUUUGAUUCUUCAGCUAUACCGUAACUCCAAGGAUUGGCAAAUCCGUGGCAUUGCCUUCCAUCAACUAGGAAAAAUGGCAGCUACAAAUGAGGGAAUUGAGAUGUUGGACGAUAUGAGUUGGGUAUCGGUUGACAACCACAGUCCUCAAGACCCACUCUAUCUUGCAUACCCAGAAUUAAUGCAAGGUGACGAUUUAUUUAACCUUGAGGUACUCAAUCCAUACCAGGAUUCGACAUAUAUUUCAUUAUUUGGUAAUCAUGGUGACGAGUUGUGGGCUAACCAACAGCUUGAUCUCGAUGCGGAUGAUGGGCUCGGUUUACAAAUCAACCAGAAAUUAGAUGAUAAGGCAUUAAGUUUGAUAAAUCACCUAAGCUCAGUGUUAGGGAAAAUCGAACGUAAAGCCAUGAAGGAAUUGAACCUGAUCAAGCUGAAUAACGGUGAGAUUUUCGAAAGUCCAAACUUGUUCCUCAAAACAAUUCGUUUGGUGGACAAGGGAAAGUUUAAGUAUAAAACCAGAAACUUCAUCUUUGGGCUUUUUGAUGUUGUGAAAAUCAUGGAAAACCUUGUUAAGCGAAGCAGAAGGAGUACGGGCGGCCGCAAAUAG